CGCACGCCAGUUCGUCUUUAUCAUCCGUACGGGUUGGGUGUGUGUCGUUACAUUAUAAUCUUUCCGAGUGAAUCGCGUGUGACUGGCCGAGCGGAAUCGUGUGUUGUUUUUGUGCUAAGUGGUGUGUGUGCUGUGUCCUGUUUUACUAAUAGUGUUGCUGACGAUGAGCGCGUGUGUUUGACGUGGGAAUGUAUCCGAGCGCGGGCGCAAUGAACGCUGCCGCAGCCGCCGCUGCCGUGGCGGCCGCUAGGCAUCCGGGUCCACCGCAACCCGGCCAACCUAUCAAAUUUACUGUAGGUGAAUCCUGUGAUAGGAUUAAAGAGGAAUUUAAUUUUCUUCAGGCACAAUAUCAUAAUUUAAAAUUAGAAUGUGAAAAAUUGGCUAGUGAAAAAAUUGAAAUACAGAGGCAUUAUGUUAUGUACUAUGAAAUGUCUUACGGCCUCAAUGUGGAAAUGCAUAAACAGACGGAGAUAGCAAAAAGACUAAAUGCAAUAAUAGCUCAGAUCCUGCCGUUUCUAUCUCAAGAGCAUCAGCAACAAGUUGCUUCAGCCGUGGAAAGGGCGAAACAGGUCACGAUGACGGAACUCAAUGCCAUUAUAGGGCAACAAAGACCAGACCUGCCCCGGUUACUUCAACAGAUGCACGCAGCACAUUUACCAGCGCACGGAGCGCCACCGCUGCCGUUGCUUGGCCAAGGUGCAUUACCUCCAGCGGGUUUGCUCGGCCUGGGUGUCCCACACCAUCCACUUUCAGUACUAGCCAAACCACCUGACUUACAUAGACCCGACGACAAAGGAAAUGGUAUCAGUUCAGCAGAAGAAAGACAUAGGAAUUCCAUAUCACCGGGUGAAAGAGAAAAAUAUAGGACGCGAAGUCCAGCAGAACCUGACCACAAGAAACUCAAGAAAGAAGAAAAAGAUAUGGGCCAUGAAUUAGUGGUGGAUGACGCCAGUGAAGAGCCUACGUCACCGCACAACGGAGCACCUUCACCUAGAGAAAAUGGACUAGACAAAUUACAACCUAAAAAAGAACAUCCGCCACAUAGCCCAAGAUCGGGUACCUCUAGCAAUGCAUCAACGCCGUCAGCGAAGAAGUUGGACGAGAAGCCUAGUACGCCGAUCUCGAAGCCGGUAACGCCGACGUCGGGAGCGAGCGGAGCCGGUGCAGCUGGGGCACCCCUGAAGGCCGCGGUGAAGCCUCCUUCACUCCAGUAUCCAUAUUUGGGCAACGGAGCGCACGACGCAUACGGCCUGGCUGGAUACUCCGCGCGCGCGGCUCUCGCAUAUGAACCGCUACGACCACCUAUUGGCCCAGCUGCGCUUGCGCCAAUACCUGGUGGCAAACCGGCAUACUCAUUCCAUGUAUCGGCUGAGGGUCAAAUGCAACCGGUACCUUUCCCCCCGGAUGCUCUGAUGGGCCCCGGGAUACCUCGACACGCACGACAAGUAUCCGCACUGGCCCACGGUGAGGUGGUAUGCGCGGUUACCGUAUCGUCACCCACCAAAUACGUGUAUACGGGCGGCAAGGGCUGCGUCAAAGUAUGGGACAUCAGCCAACCCAGUAAAGCGCCCGUCAGCCAACUGGAUUGUUUGCAAAGAGACAACUACAUAAGAUCGGUAAAGUUGUUGCCGGAUGGUCGUACGUUGAUCGUCGGCGGUGAAGCAUCCAACCUCUCUAUUUGGGACCUCGCGUCGCCGACGCCGCGCAUCAAGGCAGAACUGACGUCCUCCGCGCCAGCCUGCUAUGCACUUGCUAUUAGUCCCGACUCUAAGGUGUGCUUCAGUUGUUGUUCAGAUGGGAACAUAGCUGUGUGGGACCUUCACAAUCAGACGCUGGUGCGCCAGUUCCAAGGCCACACGGACGGCGCCUCCUGCAUCGACAUCUCCGCUGACGGUACCAAGUUAUGGACCGGUGGACUCGACAACACUGUGCGGUCAUGGGAUUUAAGGGAAGGCAGACAGUUACAGCAACACGACUUCAGUUCUCAAAUAUUCUCACUGGGCUACUGUCCUACUGGCGAGUGGUUAGCAGUGGGCAUGGAAAACAGUAAUGUGGAGGUACUGCAUGCGGUGAAGCCGGACAAGUACCAGUUGCACUUACAUGAGUCGUGCGUGCUGUCACUCCGGUUCGCCUCCUGUGGCAAAUGGUUCGUCUCCACGGGGAAGGACAACCUGCUCAACGCCUGGCGCACGCCCUACGGCGCUAGUAUAUUCCAGUCAAAAGAAUCUUCAUCAGUACUCAGCUGCGACAUUUCAUCAGACGACAAAUACAUUGUGACGGGCUCCGGCGACAAAAAGGCCACAGUCUACGAAGUGAUUUAUUAGUGUAAACAAACAAACAUACAAACAAACGAACAAAAUAGAAACCCAGUGAUUUUAUACUAGUGAGUGACGUUCCGCGAACAUAGAGUUGCAAGUGGUGAUAUAGCUUUAGUGUAUGUAUAGAUUAUAUUAUAUUGGGAAGCCUGUAUGUACUUAUGCGACUUGUUUAUAUAGAUUAGUGUGCGCGGUUUUAUGUUUAUUUGUUGAGCGCCCGUAGUGUAUGUUGGCAGCAGAUCUCAAAAUGACGAUUUCGUUUCAAUAUUGUUGUAAAAUGCUCGUAUUAAAGAAAAGAUAUGCGCAAUCUA